GUUUCUCGAUGUAUUCUCUCCCGUUGGCAUUGAACAUGCGGCUGCCGGUCCCGUUUUUUUCGCUCCCGUUGGCAUUGGGAUCUGUGGCUGGCAGACUGCCGGUUCCGAGAAUCCGGUCCCGUUGGUGUGUCGAAGCACUUUCUGGUCUUAGCCUUGCACACAAACCAAGAAGUCAUUGUGCUCUUGAUUACAAGUCUUGCUGGCACUUGCGAGAAUUUGAAUAAGUUGCUCAUCCGCCAGAUGGUCUAUC